GCUGGCAUGGAUCUAAAAGAGAAUUUAGUAGGUGGUGGUGCGCCUUGGCCAUACCCAUCUGUGUAUCAUCCCUACGAUGCGGCGUUCGGCUAUCCAUUCAAUAGUUAUGGUGUCGACUUGAAUGGAGCGCGUCGCAAGAAUGCCACCCGCGAGACCACCUCAACGCUGAAGGCCUGGCUGAACGAACACAAAAAGAAUCCAUACCCCACUAAGGGCGAGAAAAUCAUGUUGGCAAUAAUUACGAAAAUGACGUUGACGCAGGUGUCGACGUGGUUCGCGAAUGCGAGAAGAAGACUGAAAAAGGAGAAUAAAAUGACGUGGGAGCCCAGAAAUCGUGUCGAUGACGACGAUGCCAAUAUGGAUGACGACGACCACAAGAGCACCGAUGACAAUGACUUGCUAGACGCCAAAGACUCUGGCCUCGGCUCAAACGACGACAAAGAUCGCUCCAAUCGGCUUGGCGAUCUUGGUGAUCGUCCCGGUGAGAGCAACAACAGCGAAUGGUCUGGCUCGCGUCCCGGUUCCCCCAAUGGCUCACCCGACCUUUACGAUCGCCCCGGCGGCAUGCCUGGCGGCGGUCAUCCACUCUUCCAUCCCGCCGCAUUACAUCAUCACUUCCGCCCACCAGCUGGUUCACCGCCCGACAUCGCCGCCUACCACCACCAUCAGCAGCAGCUGCUGCACCAACACCAACAAGCACAGCAAAACUCAUUGCAGUCUGCGAGCGGUGUCGGUGGGGGCAGCACAAGCGCCAGCUUGGCAGUGAAACCGCGCAUAUGGUCGCUGGCGGACAUGGCCUCCAAAGAUGGCAAAGAUUCCUCGCCAAAAGACAGUCCACCCGGCAGUAUUGGCUUAGCAGGCGCUAGCCUCGGCGAACUUCCUCCCACACACCCCGCCCUCUACGGCCAUCCCGCGCAGCAUGCUACAACCGGUAAGAUUCUCUCGCCACUGGCGGCGCGCAUACCAAACUAUUCGCCCUACGUGCGUCCCGACCUCUAUCGCGGUUUCUAUGGGCCCGCCGGCCUAACCGGUCCCUCUCAGGAAUUUCUCGAGCAUCAGCGCAAUUUCGGUGCCAGUCUGGCUGCGCAUAAUGGACUCAGCAUGAAUCCGCUGCUGUGGAAGGCCGCCGUCGCUGGCGGCACGCCCUUCGCGCCACUCAGCCUCACCACAACGGGCAAUCACCAUGCGCCACACCAUGUGCCGCCGCCAUCGGGCGCCUCGCCGUCGGCCUCCAGCACCUCCUCUUCAAUUGGUUGCGAUGUUGUGCAGCCGCCCACAUCGAUGAGUCUAGCACAGUCGCACCAUAUGGGUCCCAUAUCGGGCAAUUCGACCUCCUCGUCGAAUUCCUCCAACUCGGGCAAGCUGUCGCCGGGCAAACCAUGACAUUUGACGGUA